UCAGAAACGGCGUCCGUUUUAUGAUGUCAGUUUGUAUUUGUAAUUUGAAUUCAAUUUCAGUGCUAAAGUUUUGUGUUUGUUGUUGCAAUAAAAUAUAUGUUCGAUUAUAAGUUUUAAUAAUGGAAAAUUCAGUAACUGAGAAUGAGGCUCAACAAUCUUUUAAAUCCCCACCUCGACGGAGACGUUCUACAUUUUUUGAAAGGCGGGAUUCUUUAGUUCUGCAGCCCACGUCAGAGAAUAUAGACAGAAAUGUAUGUCGAAACACAAACGAGACCGAACAGAAACAACAUCCAGAACUUAAAAGAUAUUAUGAGACAUUGUUAGGUGAAAAGGAACAAUGGAAAACUGAAGUCAAUAAUCGACGCAACAAAUAUCAUGAUAUAAAACAACAGUAUCAAAUGGCAGCGAGAGCACCGAGCAGAUCAAGAAUAUCAUAUUCUGCUUUGUCUAAUGAAGACAUUGAAUUUUUAAAAGCAAAAGUUAAUAUAUCAAAAGUUGUUGAGAAUCAAACAAAACUACAUAAAAGUGUCAAAGAGACGCUAGCACUGUACAGAAGGGCAAUGGAGCUUGAUAAUGUAAUUUUGAAUGAUUGCGAGGACAAAGUUAACAAAAUUACAAAAUAUAUAUUAGACAACAGCACAAUAGAAGCAAUAGAAUGAUGAAUAUAAAUUUCAAAUAAUUAAAUUUAAUGUAAAUACAUACAUAGUCAAGAUGUUUUAAAUUUAAUGUAAGCCAAAUAACAAUUUUAUGUUACAUGAAUAACAUUCUUGUUUUGAUAGUUGCAAUACAUGGUCAUGUCUGUCUUCGUUAGACAUUGAAUAGUAUAAAAUUACUGAUAAAUUUAUUAUAAUGUUACAUCUUAAUAACAUAGACUGUAUAUAAAUAGGAAUGGUGUUAGGUACAAAUAUUGUACAUAGCCUGUGGAUGAAUUUGUAAAUAUUUUUAUUUUGAAGGAUUUA